AACCACAUACUUUAAGGAGAUGGUUUGCCACUUAUAAUGCGAUAAAUGGCAUGCCUUUGCCGAUACUACAAGAAUUAUUAGGACACAGCAAUAUAACUACUGCCGCCAUCUAUGUGCAAGAAGCCGAGUUAGCCAAUUUGGCGGAACAUAAACCAAUUUAG